AUGGCGUCCCCACGACCCCUGGAGGGAAUUGAUUUUGAUGAGGAUCAGAUAUCAGUAAUCAGCCUGGAAGAUGAGGAGGAUCUUUAUGCAAGCAUCUCAACCACAGGUUCUUUGGGCGCGGCUGAUCCUCCUCCCGACGGCUUCAGAAAGGACCAGCUGAAGGCCAGGCUUAUGGAUGUCGUCACCAGGAUGAAGAGUGGAAAGAUCCGAAGGAAGGCGCUCCAAGAUCUUUCCGCCCUCCUGCAGAAGAUCCAGGAAUAUCCAUCGGUAGCGCUUCCUGCAUCCCCCCUUGGCCAACUGGUGGCUAUUUCCUGCCUGUGUGCUUUGGAUCCAGACCCGGAGUGCAGGCAGCAGGCAGCAGAGGCCCUCUGCCAUCUUCUGCCCAUCCUGCGGCGCAAAGAAGAGACGCUGGCACAAACAUCGUGGAACCAAACCCUCAUCCUCCGAGCUCAGAAGGUCCUCCAAUCCACCGGAGGACCGGUUCCUGAAUUGUUCGUGAAUGAUUGUUACUCUCUUGCCAGGGUCUAUGGUGCCUAUCUUCCUGCGGAGCAGCUCUUGGAGGCCAUGUGCUUCCUGGCCAGUGACCUGGUUGUCGAGAGCAGCUUCAACCCCUUGGACAUCUCCCACUUGCUGCAAGAGUUCAUCAAGCAGUUUAGCGGCACAAAAGUGGAGGUGGAGGUGCUGCUGGAGGCCUUCUAUAAGAUCACCCAGGGGCCUACAGUGCAGGGCAGAAACAUGGCCGCCUUUGCUCUGUCCAUCAUGCCACACCAACACCUGGCGAAAGUGGUUGCAUACCUCCUCCAGUUUCCCUUCAGAGACUGCGAGAGAGUAUGGAAGGAGGUUUUGGCAUCAGCCGACCAAGAACAACUGCUCCAUCUCAUGGCCGAGCAGCUUUACCAAAGCCCCUUGGCGGAAUCUGCCACCCAAGUGCAACAUCUCACCAGCCUGUUGCACGCCAUCCUCAGGAUGGAGGUAUACAAGGCAGCUGUGCGCCGGAACUUCCCGCAGCUGCUGAUCGCUCUCCUGGGGAUGGUUGUCAACUUCCAUUAUGACCAGGAAUUCCUCGGAGGGGCUAAGGAAGUUCUGCACCUCCUUCUCGGCACCACUGGAGAACAAGUAGAGGCUGCCAUUGUUGACCAACUUUUCUGCCGGGAGAAUUUCAGCCAGGGGUUGGCUGCCAUGGUGAGAGCCGUCGGAAAGCGACACUGGUGGAUCCCUCCCAUGGUAGAAAACAUCACCGCUGCUCUCGAGGACCAGGAGUUUGCCGGAAUGCCACAAGUAGCGGCAGCUAUCUACAUCGAGCUGCUCAGCUGCCGUCUGCAGGUCUAUCCCUGUGAGGAUACACUGGAGCAGCUCCUCACCUGGCUGAAACAUGACCACCUGCAAGUCCGGAAGCUCAGCGUCAGAGGGAUAUCCCUGCUUCUGGACUCUGACAUGGACCCUUCGCUUCUGCGGCUGUCGCUGCUGGAUUUCCUCCCUGAUGCAGAAGCUGAUGUCUUCCCAGAGUUGAUAGAGCUGGUACACCAAGCCUACCUCUCCAAGGAGCUGGGAGAGGAAGACCUGAAGAUGCUGGCCGCAACCUACUGCGGUCUGGCUGCCCAUGAGGAAGCCUCCGUCCGGGCAUCAGCCAUCCAACAUCUGGGCCUGCUUCGGGGCUGGGCGAGAGACAAAAAGCUUCCCACAACAACAACAACAGAAGAAGAAGCCAUUAAUGAACUGGUCGUCGUCCUCCUUCACCUCGAAGACGAGGACGAGGUGGCCAAGGCCGCAAGGAGGGCUCUUUCCCAUCUAGCUCCACAAGUGAAGUGGUGGGCACAUCCCAACAAAUUUAGCCUCCACUUUGCUCUCCACCAGGCUGCCAAGCAUCUGAGCAAGACUUUCAGCAAGAACAUCCUUCGGAGUGCUGCCUUGACAUGUAUGAAGCCGUCUGCCAACAGGAUGCCAGCAGUCUCCAGGGUGGCAGCUCUGCUUCUGGGUCAUCUGGCUUUCCGGGAUGCCAGUUUCAUAGACAGUCAAGACAUGGCAUCCUACGGCACAUGGCUGGAAGAGAUGCAGCAGCACGAGGAAGAAGGGCUCAGGCGGACAGGGAGGAGCUGCCUGAACAUCAUGCAGCGGGCCUGUAAACAUCGGCAGAAAGGCAGGGUCCAGCGCCUUGUGAGGAGGCUGCUCCAUUGUGUUCACAGGGAACCUUACCCACGGGACUUCCUGAGCUGCAUGCCAGAACAUCCGCAGUCGCGCCAGGCCAAGGGAACAUGAACAUCAGAGUUGUGCUGCAGAGAUACCAUCUUCUGCUCUCCAUGGGAUCCAGUCUGGACCAGCACCAGGAACAUCAACGCCACCAGGAUCGACCAAUAGGAGUGGUGCUGCCCUCACGAUACCCCCCCCAUACAUAGCGGUAGGAAAUCUUUUUGUUGUUGUUGUGUUUCUUGUUGAUGUCGUUUUUGAUUGUUGAGGGUUUAUUUCACUGAUUGAUUUUGAAUCUCAGUAUGGUUCACAACACCAAGUUCCAGCAUACAAAGCACAAAAUCCAUAAUAAGAAUAAUCAGUGUGCAAAAAUCAUAAUAAAAAUAUCAGAACAUAACAUAAAUUAAAUAAUAAAGACAUAAUAAAAAUAGCCACAAGACUAAUACAAAAGCCCCAAAACAACACCCCAGCCCACAAAUCCAAAAUCUAAAUCAACAUAUCACAUUUAACAACCAUUUAAAACAACCCCACCCUGCAAAUCAAACAGCACCCACCCAAUUUAAAGCCCCAUCCUUGUUAAAACAGUAAUGUAAUCACAAGGGGGCUGGCCCACAAUCUGGUCUCGCCCCCUAAGUGUUGCCCCCAAAGGGACAACUUUUCCUUUGUUGUUUGCCCUUUGUUGGGGGUCCCGCCCCCAGGACAGGCAGGCUCUAUGGAGCUCCCCCAGUCGCUGUUGUAAGC